CGCCAUCCUAUAUCCAGGAUGAAACGCCGGAAGAUGAACCAUGACCGGGAAGCACGACGCGACAAUCGAAGGAAAAGCACAAGCAUUGUGGUGGAGGUGGAUGCCGAGGAAUCGGUCCAUGUCAUAGAGAUGGAGGGCAAGUCUCCUGCGAAACUGCUUUCGUCUGUCGACCCUGUCUUGCCGAGGAUCCUGCGCACGACGGAGAAAGACAAAAAGCCUCAUGACGUGUGGAGCCACACACGCAUGAUCGUGCUCUUCGCAUGCGCGGCAGAGGCUAUCACGACAUGCUUUACCCCAGAAUGGGUGCAUGAGCCGACGGGGAUCAACGUCAGUGCGACGUUGUUAAACGUCUUAGGCCCAUUCAUGGAGGGUGUUGCACAGCAUCUCCAGGAGACGACCGCGCAUCCUGAAUGGAAGCGGGCAUGUUACUACUUUCGCUCAGUCUUCUUGGGCGUGUUCACAUCGUACUGUUACAUGGUGGACCACGCCGGGGAUUUGGUCGGGAAGAACCCGUUCAUCGGUCCAUUAUACAUCAUUUCAUCGCUCUGUUACGCCUGUGUGGCAUUUCGCAUGGGCCAGACCUUCAUGCGCCUGUUCUUGGCUAAUAUCUUCCAACCUGACAAGCGACUUCCCAGCUCCAUCGUGGGCUGGGGACUUACUGCGUUCAUCUUGGUUGUGCUUGUAGUGGCGAUCGCUGGCCCCCCCGGUUUUGUUCGAGACCCUAACGACGCACAAUUCCUUGGACCUAUCGCUGUGAACGACGGGUUGGAACUGAUCCUGGGCAUGGCCAUGUCAAUUACAGCCACAUGGCUUGCUUCCUUUGUGUCUGUCGGCAACUACGAUGGCUCGAUCGACUGGGGGACGUGGCGUUGUAACUUGGCGUCAGUGAUCCUCACGGUUUUGGCGUAUGGCGUCCAUUACAUCCUGCCUGGAGUUGCGCACAACGUCGCAGUCAAGAAGUUUGUUUCGUCUUUCUGUGGCUCCCUUUCUGGCUUCUCCGCCACCAUAGCUGCCACCAUGGUACGCCCUGUAAUUCUUUUUGUUUUACUAUUCGAGCACUGCUGGCUUGCAUAGGUGCUGGCGGACCAAGGCAAACGACCUGUCGCGAUGGCAAAUCUCGGCCUCAACAUCGUCACGGCGCUAGCAUUCGUACCAUAUUUACGAGCAUAAGAGGACAUCCUCAUGUUUUGUGCAAUCCGACCUUUCAGC